AUGAAGCAUUUGAAUUCUACAAGUUUCAAGAAAAGGAAGAGGGUAGAAAGGAUUUUCAGGUUUAGAACGUUUUGUGAACCCGGGCACCCAAUCGAAUUUAAUGGUCCGUUUCGCGAUAACAUCAGAAAACUUGUUGAAUUUGCAAGGGUUGAGAGUAGAUUACCCGAAGGAAUGAAUAGCUGGUCUUUUCAACUUGAACUCAAUCGACAUCCUGCUAUGUGUAUCUCGCUCUUUAUAAUCGAAGAACCAAUGGAGAAAUCUGCUUCACGUCAUUGCCAUUAUUGCAGAUAUGUAGGCUGGGGAAAUCACUUGAUUUGCAAUGAGAGGUUUCAUUUCGUGGUUCCCUCUAAGGAAACUGCAGUGGUGAUGGCAGUAUGUUCAAGCUAUGAAAGUGAGGGUAGUGGACGACCAGCCACAACGACAACUAUCACAGCUGCUGAGAUAUCAAACUUCAUCGAGUUACAGGGACAUCUACUGCAUGGUGUCUUGCACUCCAAUGGAUUUGGCCAUCUCAUCAGCAUUAAUGGGAUCGAGAAGGGAUCAAGUUUGGCUGGCAUUGAAAUAAUGGACUUAUGGGAUAGAAUAUGCACUGGCUUGCGAGCAAGGAAAGUCAGUAUAAAUGAUGUUGCAAAGAAAAACGGCAUGGAUUUAAGGUUGAUUCAUGGGGUUGCAUUCAACGAAUCAUGGUUUGGACGUUGGGGUUACGGAUUUGGUAGGGGAAGCUUUGGUGUUACACAACCCAUGUACCAGAAAGCCAUAGAGGCUGUGCAAAGCAUUCCCUUAUGCUUACUCAUUCAACAUUUAGACACUUCAUACCAGGAAAUCCUAGUCAUUUUUAGUAAGUAUCAAUCUCUUUCCGGCAAUCCUUUGUUAACAUUAGGUCAUAUUUUCCGUUUCAUGCAAGAACUAAAGGAGCGUCUUCAACCGGACAUUUGCCAUCUAUCUUCAUCAAAUAAUAACACCACAAGUGCUGGAAUUACUGCCGUCAGUGCAGAAACCGCUUGUCGAUGGUCUACCAAGAGAGUGGAGAUGGCAACAAGAGUCAUCGUUGAAGCUUUAAUGAACGCAGAGUUUCGAUGGGUUUCAAGGCAAGAAGUAAGGGAUGCCGCUAGAGUUUAUAUCGGUGACACCGGCCUACUUGAUUUUGUUCUAAAAUCUUUAGGAAACCAAAUUGUUGGGAGCUAUGUGGUUCGCCGAACUGUAAAUCCAGUAACAAAAGUUCUUGAGUACUGCUUGGAGGAUUUAUCAACUAAUUUUCGGGAAGGUUUUUCUCCGGGUGACCCCACUAAGAAAUAUCGUCACCAAAUUACUAGAAAUCAACUCAUGAAGGACUUAUUCUACUUGUACAAAUUCAUCUUCAAAGAACCAAAACUAUCACAAAAUAUUGGCCUACUUUCUGUGAUACCAAUAGCUGUAAGGAUAAUUCUUGACUCUAAAUAUCUCAUUAAGGAUUACAAAGGAGAAUUAUGCCAGAAAACUGAGAUUGGUAAUGAAGAGAAAUUAAAGCUUUUAUGCUCAGUCAGGUUGAAGAAUGACGGCCAUGAGGAGAUGGAAAUAACCAAGAGGAUUUUAGAACAGCCUUCACCAUAUGAGGACUUGGUCAUUUUGCCUCCCAAUGCUACAUUUAGAGAACUGAAGAUAGAAGUGGAGAGGAGGUUUAAGGAGAUGUAUUGGGGUUUAAAGAGUUUCAUUGCAGAGUCAGUUCAAAAUUUGAUUGCCGUAGAAACGGAUUUGGUUUAUGGUUUGGUUGAACCAACAGGAACUAGUAUUGUUGUUUCUGGAAAAAUUGCUGAUAGGGAGAUUAACAUUGAAGAAAUUUUCGAGGACAAGAACCAGAAUAUGAUAAUUGAUUGUCCUUGUGGAGCUAAGGAAGAUGAUGGAGAACGGAUGAUUGCUUGUGAUAUUUGUGAAGUUUGGCAACAUAUGCGCUGCGUUCAACUCACCAAUACGGAAAAUGUACCUGACAUCUAUCUGUGUAACCGGUGUGAGCACGACAUAGUCCUCUGUCCUAAUCUUCCAUAG